AUGGGUUUCCGUGUGGUUCUGCGCUGGCUCUUCAGAGAGUGUUUACCUUAUGCCAAGAUGGAUUCUGAUUAUGAGAAACAGAAAAAGCCUUCGACAAGAAGAAGACGAUCUCUCGAAAAAUGUUUUAGCAAGAUACGAACUUCACGAAGCUAUUCGGAUCGUGCGCGAUCGCCACGGGAGGGACCCUAUUAUUAUAAGAGUCAGGCUCACAGUUGGAGUCGGAGCCAAAGUCAGGAGGAUGAUCACACGUCAGGCGGUCAAAAGAGAGAGAGCCCAGUUAAUAGGCCUGACCUUGCGAAGCCUCUGCCUGUGGUUCCACGUCAAUGUCCCCCACAACAGAAGUCUCCAUACCGGGCACUAUCACCCCUGCAGAAGCGCAAUCGCAAUACUAGUCAUGCUCAAGCCCAACAACUUGCAUCUGCAUCAGAUGAAUUUCUUCGCCCACUUACGGAUAGAUCAGGGAGCACAGAAGCCAUCAUCAUUUUGGAAGACCGCUCAAUGAACUACGAGGCCGUAAGUGAGGUAGUCGACAUGAUAGCCCUACGCUUCAGCCACAUUCCCUACGCGGUAAGCGGCCUGGCUGCCAUGGUUUACUACGGCUACGACGCGAGGCCAUAUAAAGUGAGCAUAAUAUGCCCAGAGCACACGCGCGAGAACCAGAAAUGCUGGGCGAAAGCGCUGGGCAUGCUCCAGAUGCCCAAGAGACAAGAUAUCUGGGGUGUCGCAACGCGCGACGGCAUGCUACGUCAGAUCCGCGUCAGAUUUCCUUACGAUUUCGAGCAAAUGCACACUCUAAGAGUAGGCAGCUCCGGGGUCUCGAUGCUCUCACUAGCGGGGCUGGCUGAUGAGCUGGCGAGAACGUACGUGAACGAGCUCAAGCACUCAGACCAGGACCGUCAGGAGAAUCUGGCAAGGGAGAUGGUGUGGAUUCUCAACAGGAUCAUUCAGGUUAAAAUGCCUGAACAUAGGCUCAAGCCUGAGAGGAUACCUCAUCUCAUCAACGAACGCUUCUGGCUGCCAUUCUCUCUCGCCUAUCCGGAGGUGGUGCCUUUAUUUGCGAAAGCUGGAUGGAGAAUCCCUAUCGAGGGCUGGUCCGGAUGA